AUGGGUGGUGGUGAUUCGCUGUUCGAAAAGAUCGAUACAGGAAUUCGCAAUGCAAAAUGUAUACUUGCUUGUGUUACAUCCAAUUAUACAAAAUCGAUCAAUUGCGGAAGAGACAUGUCUUUAUCUGAUGCACUCGGUAAGCCCAUUGUGCCAUUAUUACUCGAAGCAACAAGUACAUGGCCACCAUCCGGCCCGAUGGUACUUGUUUUUACCGACAAACCAUAUAUUGAUUUUUGUCAAAUGAAUGUAAAUUUUCGAACGAAUGAUAUAUGGCCAUCUGAAGAGUUCGAUAAAGUAAUUGCCCGACUACAACAAAUAGUACCUGAAGUUCAAGUAGAUAAGUAUGAACGUUCAGUCAACAAACAGCAACAACCCAUGGUCGUAUCGGCGUCCGUAGAAAAUAACAAGCAACCAGCAUCAGUUGAAAGUACAACGGUCGGUUCAUCGAGUAAAACAUGCUGUAUUUUGUGA